AUGGCGUCGGUCGCCUCAUCCACACCCUCUGUGCAAGAAGCGACCCUUCCCAAGCAUCCCGCCUCGUCUCAACCGACCUACAACUUCAGCUUCACGCCCUUCCUCCGCAGCAAUGGCCUUGCUGCGCUUGCUUCCACCAUCCCAGUCUGUCCCGAUUUCGCCAGUACAGGCCACUGUCCGCGCGGGCGUCGCUGUCCCGACCGCCAUCCCACACCCACCCAACCGCAGGCACCGCACUCCCAGCAACAUCACUACGGUCGCCACGCCAAUGACAACUAUGUCUGCAAACACUGGCUCAAGGGCCUCUGCAAGAAGGGGGACGCCUGCGAUUACCUGCACGAAUAUAACCUCCGGAAGAUGAGCGAGUGCCAGUUCUACAACCAAAACGGAUACUGCCAAAACGGCGACGAGUGUCUCUACGUCCACGUCAAAGAGGGCUCGAAGCUGCCCAUGUGUGAAGACUAUAACAAAGGCUUCUGCGAGAAGGGACCUAGAUGUCCCAAUCGACACGUGAGGAGGAAGUUGUGCGAAUUCUAUCUGGCGGGAUUCUGUCCGGACGGGAAAGAGUGUAAACAUGGGGUCCAUCUCAAAAGCGGCCCGGCAGCGGCGGCGGCGGCUGCCGCAGAGAAAGACGCGGAUGCGCAGAGAAGAGACAGAGUCGCAGACUUGGAAAAGAGGGAGGAAGAAUCGCGCAAAGACUACGGUUGGAAGGGUGGCAGAGGUGGGAAAGCAGGGAGAUGGAGAAGCAAACGGGACAGGAGAUGA